AUGGCGUGCCGUGCCGCACUGAUGGCGGUGUUGCCACCAGUCGGCUCUGCGAUUGCGCUUCAACCGCAGACUUCGUCCUUUCGCGCAUUCGGAGCUGACGAAAGCUUCAGCAUGGAAGGCAUCAUGAAGCCUGACGCCGAGACGGAAUGCCAGGAUGCGAGGGUGGGGUCUACGUGUUACGAUGCGGUGGCCUGGCUCCGCUCGGAGAUCUUCAAGAAGCACCCUAGCUGGUACCCCGGCUACACCAGCGAGACCAGCGCCGAGGACGUGCAGGACAUGCUCUACGGCCUCGGGAAGGCGUCAUGCCCCAGGCCCUGCUUCGCGAGCGCGCCGCGGGCGCCCACGGCAGCCGAGCUGAGGCAGCCCAAGUUCGACUGCCGCGACACGGUCCAGGGGGACCUGUGCUACGAGGGGCUGUCCUGGCUCAGGAGCGUGGGCUUUGGGCUACACCCCGACUGGUAUCCGGGCCUCACGGCCAACUCCAGCACGCCCACGAUCCAGUCGGAGCUGCACCGCACUGGCAGGGCUGACUGCCCCAGGCCGUGCGCGCUCACCGAGCAGCAGGAGGCCGCUGCCACGGCGGCGGAGAUGAGUGGCGCCGCGCCGGAGUCAGUGGACGACGUCGCCCGUGAGAAGGUGGAGCAGGCCACCGAGAAGCCCGAGAAGCCAGAGGAGCACGCGCAGGACGAAGGUGAUGACUGCAUGGACGCGAAGCCGGAGACACAGUGCUACAACGAUGUGGCAUUUGGCGUUGCAGGGGGCGUCAAGAUGCACCACGCUUUGUACGAUGGCCUCAAGGAGAGCUCCAGCUUCAAGGACAUCCAGGAGUUCCUCUACCUGAACAACCGGUCUGGCUGCACGAAGCCCUGCCCCGGGAGUCACGUGCCCCUGGACGAGCUGGCCAAGAAUCCCGAGGGCCUCCGCACGAAGAAGAGGGUUGAGGACAUGUCCAUUGAAGAGAUGGGCAAAUAUCUUUCCGGCCAGUGGGACGGCUACGUGGCGAAAGUGUUCACCACCGACAACCAGGGCUCCUCGACGUUCGCGAAGCGCGUGCACGACCCGACAACCACGGUCGUGCCCGAGGAGGCGAUGCCCCUUCCGCUGGUGGACAACCAGGCCCAAGCCCGAGACGAGGCGAGGGCGCAGGCCGCCGCCGCCGAGGCCGUGCCCGACGCGGCUCCGGGCGCGGCCGCCGCGGCGACGGCGCAGGACGCCGCCGCCCCGGCGGCGCCCGCCGCUGCGGCGCCGCUGCGGCGCCGCCGUGCGGCGCCCGCCGCUGCGGCGCCCGAGGUGCGGCGCCCGCCGCUGCGGGCGCCCGCCGCUGCGGCGCCCGCCGCUGCGGCGCCCGACGAGGCCCCGAGUGGCCCCGGGAGUGUACGGGAGUGGCUGGUCGUUUCGACUCAGAAGUGGCUAGUCUUCCGAUUGUCCCGUGCUCUGCUGAGUUCGAAGUUCUGCGUGGACAGGUACGCGAUGGCACAGGGCUGCCGCAGAGGCGUGGUCUCGGGAGCCGCCUCCGGGGCGUUGGAGCUGGGCCCCGUGGGGAGGAUGCGGAGGCCGCAGCGGCAGCGGGGGUCAGUGCCGCUCGCCGUCUGCAGGCGCCCGCCCCAGGAGGAUGACCUCCAGGAGUCGGACCUGGCCCCGAGCACGGACGCGGCGCGCGAGGUGCUGGCCUGCCUCCGGGACAUGGCGCGCGAGGCGACCGCGGAGACCUUCGGCGACCUCAGGCUGCAGUGCGAGGGCGUCCUUGCCCAGAAGCUGCCCGAGACUGGGAUGCAGCAGGCCGCCCUGAAGAAAGAAUCCGUGCGUUACUUCGUGUGGACCCAGCGCCAUGUCGAGAAGCUGAAGGCCCAGGCGAGGAAGGAGGAGCUGGCGGCCAUGGCGAAGGAGGAGGAGGCCAAGGCGAAGGAGGAGGAGGAGGAGCGGGAGAAAGAGGAGCAGAGGAAGCAGGCGGAGAAGAUGUACGUCGACGAGCCCAUGCCGGAUGUGGGCAGUGACGGCCUUGUGAUGGCGCCAGCGGGGAUCGACCCAAAGCAGCUUGCAGGGACGGAGGAGACGAAGGAGGAGGCGGAGCAGAGGAUCCGGAAGCAGGUCCUGGAGGAGCUCAUGCCGGCGACUACGGCCGCCGCGCACGAGGAGACCGAGGAGGAGAUGCGUCGAAGGAUCAAGGCAGAGGUCAUCCGCGACCUCGAGAUGAAGGCGAACGCGGCUGCGGCCGAGGGCGGCAAGUGA